GCAGUUCAUUCUAAUGCAGAAUAAUAGUUCCCUUCAACUCAGAUAGUGUGGUCGCUAGCUGCCUCGGUACAGCUUCUCUCUUCGUUGGUGUGACUGAGAAGAAGAAAGAAUGGCUCUACUGUGUGUUCCUCUUGUUGGUGCAUCUGUGGAUCAAAUGCUUCAGGACAGGGACAAGGCCAAGGAGGGUGGUGCAGACCUUGUGGAGUUCAGGGUGGACUACCUCAAGAGCUUUCAGCCUCGCCAAGACUUGGGGGUCCUUUUGAGAGAUAAGAAGCUGCCUGCAAUUGUUACAUACAGGCCUAAAUGGGAUGGUGGUUAUGCCGAAGUCGAUGACCAGACAAGAUUGGAUGCGCUCCGUGCGGCUAUCGAACUAGGAGCUGACUAUGUGGAUGUGGAGUUUAAGGUAGCGGAGGACUUCAUAAAAUCCAUAUCUGGAAAGAAGUCUGAGAAGCAGAAGGUCAUCGUAUCGUCACAUAACUUUGAACACACUCCCCCUGUUGAGGAACUGACCGACAUAGCUGCAAAGGUCCAAGCCACUGGAGCAGACAUAGUGAAGGUUGUAACUGCUGCGAAAGAUAUUACAGAUGUGUCGCGUCUGUUCCGAGUGCUGGCCCACUGUCAGGUUCCAAUCAUUGGGCUGGCUACAGGGGACAGGGGUGUGAUCUCCAGGGUGCUUCCCUCGAAAUUCGGUGGAUACCUCACUUAUGCUGCUCUUGCAGCUGGAAAAGAAUCUGCAGAUGGGCAGCCAACCCUAAAAGAUAUGCUGAACGUGUACAACUUUAGACAGGUUGGGAGGGAAACCCAGAUAUUUGGGAUCAUAGGAAAGCCUGUCUACCACAGUAAAGGGCCAGUUCUGUAUAACAAGGCAUUCAGUUCUGUUGGGCUUGAUGCAGUUUAUGUGCAUUACUUGGUGGAUGACCUCCCCCAUUUUGUUGAUGUUUACUCAACACCAGACUUUGCUGGAUUCAGUUGCACAAUCCCUCAUAAGGAGAUUAUGUGUGAAUGCUGUGAUGAAGUUGACCCUGUUGCCAAGUCUAUCGGAGCUGUAAAUGCAAUUAUUAGACGCAAUGGAAAGCUGUAUGGGUACAACACUGACUACAUUGGUGCUAUCUCUGCCAUUGAAGAUGCAUUGAGAGCUGCGAACAUUCAAGGCAAUGUGCCUGGCGGCUCACCCCUUGCUGGGAAACUAUUUCUUGUUAUGGGAGCUGGAGGAGCAGGAAAAUCACUUGCUUAUGGUGCCAAACAGAAGGGAGCCAGAAUUGUGGUUGCCAACCGCACCUAUGAGCGAGCGAAACAACUUGCAGAAGCAGUUGGUGGUCAGGUAAUUCCUCUGUCUGAACUGGAAAACUUCCAUCCAGAAGACGGCAUGAUCCUUGCCAACACUACUCCUGUUGGCAUGACACCAAAGACAGGCGUGUCACUGAUGCCCAAGCAUUGCAUGAAGCGCUUCACACUGGUGUUUGAUGCAAUUUAUACUCCCAUCGACACCAAACUCUUGGUUGAUGCAAAGGACUCAGGAUGUAUUGCUGUUAGUGGUGUUGAGAUGUUCCUGAGACAGGCAAAGGGACAGUAUGAGCUCUACACUGAUGGUGCCCCAGCUCCUGUUGAAGUGAUGCGUGAAGCCGUCCUGAGCAAGAAAUAGAAGAAACGUUGGCAGCCCGUUCUCCUGGGUCCUACCCAUUAAUAUACACAGAGCUCUGCAUCGUGUAUUUUCCUUUAAUAAGACUUCUGUAUGUGGGGUUGGUUCCUUGCUCUAGUGAUCUGAAUUUUUGCGAGGACUUUUUGUUUCUAGUAAAUGUGUCGAGCUUGUCGAAGGCAUUGUCAAUCAUGUUUCGAGAAUUGAAUUAGAUCUCCAGUUAUUGUUGCA